CCUUGCCCCGUGACCUUGAGUUCCCGAUAAACGGCGGUUAUUCCGUAUAUGAAGGGCGUGUUCUGACCUUCAAGGUCGUUGUGGUCGACAGGUUUAUUUUUCAGUCACUGCUGUCCUAACAAUACCGUACUCAUCAACAAUUGAAUAUCACUUUUCAAGAUGGAAAAUGUUGAAAUUCUCUUUGCUGUAUACGUCAUUACUGUGGUUCUCAUCUGUCCUUACACAAAAGUUGAGGAAAGCUUCGGCAUGCAAGCCUUACACGACUUGCUCUAUUUGCGAACUAACAUAACUAUGUACGAUCAUAACUAUUUUCCAGGUGUUGUACCGAGGUCGUUCCUGGGUUGCCUGUCUGUUGCCUGGAUUGUAUCGCCGCUAGUCUCCGUAAACACUUUGUUAGGAAUGCAGAAGUUCAUUUCCCAGUACAUUGUUAGAAUGUGCUUAGGAUUAAUAAUGGCCCUGAGUUUGAUCAAUUUCUCACAUUGCGUGAAGAAAGUCUUCGGUAAACAUGUAUGCAUACGUCUUCUUAUAAUCUGCUGCAGUCAGUUCCACUUGGCGUUUUAUGCCUCACGAACGCUACCGAACACAUAUGCUUUCAUACUUGUCUUGUAUUCGUUGGGUCAUUUGAUCACUCGCAAUGAAACGAAAUUUGUUACAUCAGCUGGAAUUGCAAUUCUUGUAUUUCGUAGUGAAUUAAUUUUGCUAUUUGGUCCAUGUCUUUUAUAUGGUCUAUUUACUGGAUCUGUUAAACUUCGACUGAAACUGUUGAAGACAAUCAUUACAACUACUAUCAUCAGUAUCGGGUCCAGUGUUUUAAUUGAUUCUCUGUUAUGGGGUAGAUUAAUCUGGCCAGAAUUGGAAGUAUUUUAUUUCAAUACAAUUUUGAAUAAAAGUGGACAAUGGGGAAUAUAUCCAUUUCAUUGGUAUUUCACAUCUGCAUUACCAAAAUCACUUUUAUCCACUUAUAUAUUAUUAUUUACAUGGAUUAUUAUAAUCAUUCUCUCAAUACCUUUACAAAAGUAUUUUGGUUACCAGCAUAACACAAUCUAUUUACAAUCGAAUGGAUUAUUAUUAGUUGGUUUUAUAUUCGUUGGUUUAUACUCUUUCUUACCUCAUAAAGAAUUACGUUUCAUUAUUUAUAUAUUGCCUAUAUUCAAUUUAGUGGUAGCAGAUAUUUGGGCUUAUUUAGAGAAACCAAUGCUUAAAUUGAAAGGAACAUAUAUGGAUUUAAUUAAAAAUCAUCAUAAAUUAAAUAGAAUAACAAAAUUUCGUAUUUUAUUCAUUUUCUAUUGUUAUAUACAUCUCCUUGUGAAUAUACUAUGUUCUAUUGUAUUGAUAAUGAUUGCAAGAAAAAACUAUCCUGGUGGUGAAGCAUUAACUAGACUUAAUCAUAUGGAUCAUUUAAUUCAUCGAACUGAUGUUCACAUUCAUAUUUGUAAUUUGGCUGCACAAACCGGUGUAACACGCUUUUUAGAAGAAAACAAUCAAUGGAUUUACAAUAAAACAGAAGGUUUAGAAACUAAUUUUAAUGUAUUAAACUCUUCAAAUUUUACACAUCUUAUAUCAGAACUAUCAAUAGAAAUAAUCAGUCGGGAAUUGUCAUCUUUCAAACAAAUUCUUCAAAUUGAUUGUUUCCAUGGGAUACAGUUUUAUCCAAGCUGGUAUUUUUGGAAUAUGAUUCAUAUCAAUAUUCAUCCAUGUUUGUUUAUUUAUGAAAGGAAAAGAUUUGUUUAAUUCUAUUCAAUUUGUAUAGGAAUUUUGUUUUUCUUACUUGGUUUUCAUAAAUUAUGAAAUACAUUUUAAUUAUUAUAUCAA